GUAACACGUAAAAAAAAGCACAACAAAGGGAACGCUAUACCCUUACUAUUUAAUAUUUCUAAAAAUAUAAUAUUUGUACCCAUAACAGAAAUUAAAACUAAUAAUCAUGGGCGAACAUACGAUAGAAAACUUACAGGAAGUGCUAAGUGGGUACAUUAAAAAGAGUCAAAGAAUUUCGGACAAGAAGAUUACGAACCUGACUGCUCCCGGAGAAAACUACGGUAGUAUAAUGUUAAAGUUGGACGUAACACUGAAAGACGAAAAUGAUGGUACGGAAGAGGAACUACAUGCUGUAGCCAAAAUGAUCCCUGAACAAGAAUUUGUAAGAAAGAUAUUCAAUACUCAAGUAACUUUCAAGAACGAAGUGGCAAUGUAUAAUGUCAUAGCACCCACACUUCGAGAUUUCCAACGGGAGAACGGUGUUAACGAAGUAAUUGACUGUUUCCCAGACUUUUACGGUGCUAGGAUAAAUCUGGGAGAACAUGGUACUGUGGAUGAGAAUGCGGUGCUGAUAUUAGAAAAUUUGGACUUUAAAGGAUAUCGAUGCGUAGAUCGCUACGUAGGCUUCGACCUAGACACGACCCAGUUAAUACUCAAAGACUUGGCAGCUUUCCAUGCCAUACCGCUGGCUCUGAAACUGAGGAAACCAGAAGUAUUCGAUAAAAAUAUCAGACCGCACUUGGCUCCAUUCCGCCCUUACCAUAUGCCAUUCGAAAAUGGAAUCAACUCAGUGUACACGGGAAUUCUUCAAGAGUCAGUCAAAUGUAUACCUUGGAUACCAAAAGUCAGAAACAUUUUGGAGAAUGCAAGAGCAGCACGAGAUGCACCGCCAAAGGAACCAUUCGCUACGCUAACACACGGGGAUAUAUGGUUAAAUAAUACUAUGAUAAAAUUUCAGAACAAGGUACCUGUUAGCAACAAGAUGGUUGACUUUCAAAUCUGCGGCUAUAGAUCACCAGCCACAGAUCUGUUCUUCUUUCUCUUUAUAAAUGUUCAGGAGUCUGUACUACAGGACGAUUUCGACGGUUUGAUUGAAUUUUAUCACAAACACUUCAUUUCCCAUUUGGAGAAGUUGAAAUGCGACACUGCUCCUUUUAGUUUAUCAAAGUUUUUAGAAGAAAUGAAAGCUGCGACGUCAAUUGAAGUCGAGCAUUGUUUUAAAUUUAUAUUUAUGCUUUUUGGGGAAAAGCACUCCGCAGCAAUCGAUCUCUCAGCAUCAUUUGAUGAGGGAAAAAUAAAAGCAUGGAUAAACCUGGCUAUGAAAGAGAAAUUCUGGAAUCUAAUCCAUACAAGUGGCAUGAGAGGAUGGCUUUAAUUAAAUGUUAUCUAUUUAAAAUUUAUGUACAUAUACGAUAUUAUCUUAAGGUUUAUUCUAUUUCCCGAAAAAAAAAACACCAAAGUCUCUUUCCUUCGUCCAUGUAUUUUUCUCGCAACUUUUCUUUCAAAAGCUUCUAGCAGGUGUUUUUCUUUUAUUCAUGCUCCGUGUUUCACUUAUUAUUGUCUAUCUCUUUCUAUCAUGUUCUUGAAUAUUUUCUCUUAACAAGUAUUGCAGUCCAUCCACAUUUUACUUCUUUUUGAUUAAUGAAGGGUUUUGGUAGUGAUAGAUUCAUUAAGACCUCCAAAACUGAACCUGCCUUUAUCUUUUGCCAGACCUCUGGUAUAUACAUCUUCAAGCAAUGCUAACUUUAAAGAUUCCAUUUAAAUACGGCACUAAAUCCUCACUUGUAGUUGGAUGGGUCUCCUGUAUCAUCGGCUCUAAUCAGAAAUAUGUACUCUCCUAUCCUUUGGAUGUCAUUUUCUCUUUGUUUUGUUUCUUCGAUACCCAUUAAAUAGUGAAACUAAUAAUUAAAGCUUUUUCUUCAUAAGUACUCUAAACAUUCUAGACAGCACUAUAACAUAAAUUGUUAUAUAGUGCAUAUAUCCUUGUCCUUUAUUUUUACUAAGUUCUUACCGUCAACAAAAAGUGUCGACCCAUAGUUUUUUUAUCAGAAUUUAUUAUUUCAAUUAUUUCAUUCGCGUUGUUACAUUUCGACCCAAUUCUUUUUGUAUUUUAACUUUAACCCAUUUCAUAUAUUUGGUUUCCCAUUCCUUUUUUCCUAUUUUUCCUUUUCUUUUUUGAUGUUGUCUUUAUUCCUGCUCCUAUGGUUAACAACGGUGCCAGGAGACGAGCAACCGCUAACCUGGAAAACUCUGUUCUUGCUAAAUAAAUAAAUUAAAUAAACAAAAAAAUAUUCAGUAAGUUGUUUUUUUGAAACGUUUAAACGUGAGAAACUGAUUGAAUAAAUGAAGAUGAAUUAGACGAGAAAGGCCCAUAAUCUGUCCGCCUCGUUCACCUAAAUUUAACCUUUAAGAUUAUUACUUAUGAAGAUGUUUAAAUACGUAGUAUUGUCUAUAACACCUAGAGAGAUACUCUGGAAUAAUUGUUAAAAUAAAUAUGGCCGCCAGUAAACAAAAUGAACGAAUUUGAAAAG